UAGAGAGUUCAAAUGCGACCCUUCAUCGAUCGAUCGAGAUCGAGAGAGAGAGAGAAAUUACGAAACGUACGACGCAAACCCUAGAUGGAGAUCUCCACCGCCGCGGCGGCGGCGGCGAUGAUCGUCGUCGUCCACCACCACCCCCAUCCCCACCCUAACGCCUCAUCAACCUCGUCCUCCGCCGCCGUGCGAUCCGACCCCUACCGCUGCGCGCCGCCCCGGGCCCUCGUGCGCCGCAACCGCCGCACCCGCCGCAGAUCCCUCACCGACGGCGGCGACGGCGGCGAUGGCGCCUUCUCCGGCGACGGCCCCUUCGGCGGCGGCGGCGGAGGGUGGGGCUCAGGCGGAGGCGGCGGAGGGGGGAGUGGGUGGUCGGGAUCGGAUUGGGGCGGAUCGGGCCCUCCGCCGCCGCCGCCGCCGCCGCCUUGGUCGUCGGAUCCGGCCUUCGAUUUGGUGUACGAAAUGAUGUGUUGGAUCUCGCUCUCCAAUUGCACGCACUUCGCGUUAAAGAAAAUCGCGCGAUUGAUCGUUUCGGGGAGGGAAAAGGUGGUUCCAUUUCGAUUCCUCGCGCAGACAUGUUAAUCUACGGCUUCGGAAUCGGGAUAAACAGGAUUGUUUUUUCUUUCCCAGUCUCUUCAGGUUUACAUCAACUGAAGCUUUUCUUUCUCUUUCACUGGAAUUUUCUUCUUCGACACUCCGAGACAGGUAAACCCUAGUUUGAUUUUGGGCCUGUUUGUUUUUGUGGAUUUCGGAAGUUGAACUCCCGAUAUCAAAGUGCCAUGUGCCUUAUAGUUUAAGAAAAACAACAUCCAAUUUCUCUUUUAAAGAGCAUAAUACAGUUUGUGGACAAAAUCUCGUGCCAAUUGCAUCUAUUCCACAAAUGUCCUCAGACUAUGGGGCUGGUGACAUUUUGGUCAUUAAAUUUUAAUUUACUAUAACUUUGGGCUCUGACUUUCA